AUGAAACUUCUCCUGAUUUUUCUAUUCAUAUUCCCUCAGUUCUACUGUCGUACUAUCAAUUUCAUGGGAGAAAUAACCUGCCGAAAACCAAUUUGGUGUUACAGCAUGGUUUUCUGGGAGGAAGAUAAUAUGUAAGACAUUCGACUAAUCCAACAGUUAUUUUAAUUUUAACUAUAUUUAAGAGAAAUUAUAAUGUUUUUCAGUGAGGACGACUACAUUAUUCAAUCAUACAAAACAUGUUCGAAAAAGCAAACAACCAAAAACUUUUCCGUUGGAGAUGAUGAUUAUGGAGAUGGCUCUGUGAGUUUGUCUUUUAAUGAUUGUUCAAAAAUAUUGUCGAUUUUUUUUAAGUUCAAUUACGAAUUCUACACCUUUAUCACACACAAUUGCACCACAAAUGGGCAAGAAGUGACAUAUCGUCACACAUUUCCAGACACUCCAGCGUUGCAGUGAGUUUUAUCAUUGGAUUCUAUUACGAAAAAGAAAUAUUACAGAACCACUAAUGUUUUCUACAAAAUCGACAUAACGGACGUUUUCUAA